UUCCUGCCUCCACCUCCUCCUCCUGUUGAUGAUUUUAGGAAUAUGCCAGCGCCACCAGGUGCCUUCCCCCCACCGCCCCCUCUGGAUGACGUUUCCUUCAACGUGCAGGUGAAUCCUGGUGGCAAGACCCUCGAGGAGAGACGAUCCAGUUUAGAUGCAGAAAUCGACUCUUUGACCAGCAUCCUGGCUGACUUGGAAAGCAGCUCUCCUUACAAGCCUCGGACUCAACAGGUUAGUGGUGCAUUGCAUCAACAGAGAGCAGGAAGCGGGCCAAAAGCGGCUGCUGGAGUCAAUUUGUGAACCGUUUGGUAUUUGUUGAGA